GUUUGCCACUUGAAGUGGAAGCUACGAGAAGUCCAAAAUCUUUCUUCCACUCCGAGUAGUAAUUUCUUCCUUCAUCAUAACUCCUUUCUUUCUCCUUCUAAAACCUUUUCUAUCCUCCAUUUUGUAAUUUCUCCAAAAUGGGUAUUAAAUCAUUUUGCAAUUUGGGUGAUUUUGUUUUUGCAUUUUUCUUCUUUAGUUCUACUUUUACUCUUACAGAGGCAUAUGAUCCUCUCGAUCCAAAUGGAAAUAUUACUAUCAAGUGGGAUGUCAUUACUUGGACUGCGGAUGGUUAUGUUGCCGUUGUUACUAUUUACAACUUUCAAAAGUAUCGUCACAUUCAAGCACCCGGGUGGCAACUUGGAUGGACUUGGGCAAAAAAAGAGGUUAUUUGGAGCAUGGUGGGUGGCCAAGCAACAGAACAAGGGGAUUGCUCAAAAUUUAAAGGCAAUAUUCCACAUUCUUGUAAGAAGGAUCCAACCAUUGUGGACUUGAUGCCGGGAACUCCCUACAAUCAGCAGUUCGCAAACUGCUGCAGGGGAGGAGUUCUGAAUUCUUGGGUGCAAGACCCCGCCACUGCAAUUAGCUCAUUUCAAAUUAGUGUGGGGCAAUCAGGCACCACUAAUAGAACCGUCAAAGUGCCAAGGAACGUCACCCUAAAGGCUCCUGGACCGGGUUACACUUGCGGGCCAGGAAAGAUUGUAAAACCAAGCAAAUUUAAAACCCAAGAUGGGAGACGUACCACUCAAGCCUUAAUGACUUGGAAUGUAACAUGCACAUAUUCUCAGUUCCUGUCCCAGAAAGCACCCUCAUGCUGCAUCUCGCUUUCUUCGUUCUACAACGACACCAUCAUACCAUGUCCAACAUGCAGCUGUGGCUGCCAAAACAACGAUACUAGCCCCGGAAGUUGUGUGGAGGCUAAUUCCCCGUAUUUGGCCUCGGUUGUUGCACCGGCACUCUCAAAUAAAAACAGUUAUUUGCCACCUCUUGUUCAAUGUACUAACCAUAUGUGUCCGAUACGUAUACACUGGCAUGUCAAAACCAAUUACAAAGAAUAUUGGCGAGUUAAGGUUACGGUUACAAACUUCAACUAUCGGAUGAACUACUCUCAGUGGAACAUGGUUGUGCAACACCCCAACUUCGACAACUUAACGGAGGUUUUCAGCUUCAAUUAUGAACCAUUAACUCCUUACUCGAAUAUAAAUGAUACUGCUAUGCUAUGGGGAAUCAAGUUCUAUAACGAUCUCCUUAUGCAAGCCGGUCCAUAUGGCAACGUCCAGUCGGAAUUACUCUUUCAGAAAGACAAGUCUGCAUUUACAUUCGAGAAAGGCUGGGCUUUCCCUCAUAGAAUCUACUUCAACGGUGAUAACUGCGUGAUGCCACCUCCUGAUUCGUACCCAUGGCUGCCAAAUACUAGCCCUCGUCCAAAUUUCUCACUCCUCACUGCAACAUUGACACUAUUAUCGGCUUUAGCAUUUUUAUACACUCACGCUUGAGAGUUCGGGACCUUUAUUUUACGUACAUUUUUUUACCAACGAGUCGUGUUUUGGCUUAUAAGACCAAGUGAGAAGCCUUUCAAAGAUCAUGACCUUCUGGGAUGUUAUAUACCCUCGGAUCUGGCUUUGUGCGAAACGUGCUGAUGAUUAUGACCAUGACCUUCUCGGAUGUUAUAUGUACUUUUUUUUCUCAUUUCUGUUAUACUUUCCUGUAUAUUAAUUAUUAAUGCAUAAAUCUUUCCUGUGUAUAGAUGUGAUCAUUUGUCCUAAGAAAAACACAAUUGUAACGACAUUGCUCAUCAUAUUUUGAUAACUAUCCGAUGUAUUAGAGUAAUAAUAAUAUCUCAAGAAUAUUAAUUUAUUUUAUUACGAUGCUUUAUAUAUUGCAGAAUUUUAUCCUCUU